GUUGGCGGCUAAAAAUAUGAUCUGGGAUUUUUAUAAUUUUUGUUUAUAAUUCUUAAUUAUUCUUUUGUUUUCUAUUCCUUUCUUCUUCUUCUUCUUCUUUCUUUAAGAUAUUAUUCAAGUGUUUAUUCAAUCAUACCUUAUAAACAUAUCUCACAUAUCAACAACAACUACAACUACUUCCAUCCCUUACUAUGAAGUCAUUAGGAUUAUUAUUAAUUCCAACUUUAGUUUCCGCCAUAUGGACUCCAGAAACAGGAGGUGAUUGGUCUCAAUUAAAACCUGAAUCAUCAGAUUUACCAGGUAGCUUAGAUACAGUUCUGUUCCCCUUUGGUAUUGUCGUUAGUCCUUAUGUUUUAAAUAAUGAAGGUGAAUAUGAAGAACCAACUAUUUCUUCUGUUGUUAGAUCUUUAACUACUACUGUUAUUACUGCCGCUCCUAAACCUACUAGAUCAAUUGAUAUUAUUAAUCAAAUUGAAGAUGGUCAAGUUCAAAAGAGUCCAUCUUCGGGUUCUAAAGGAGACGAUGAAGAAGAUGAUGAUUGUAUUGGUGAUGAUAAUGAAUCUGUUGGUGUUCCAAUUGAAGAACCUCAAUCUCCAGCUCCAGCUCAACCACAAGUUCCAAUGUUAAAUCCAGUUCCUGUUGAAGAAGAAGUUGAAGAAGUUGAAUGUCUUGAUGAUGAUUAUGAAGAACCUGUUAAAAAAAGAUCUGAAUUAGAUUAUGAUUAUGAUGAUAAUGAUGAUGAUGAAAAUUAUUUAACUUCACCUGUUUAUGCUGUUGCUUGUUCAUCAAAUACAACUUUACAAAUGACUCUUACUGAUUCAAUCUUAAGAGAUUCAAGUGAUAGAAUUGGUUGUAUUGUUUCUGGUCAUCAAUUUCAAUUUGAUGGACCUGUUCCCCAAUAUGGUGCUCUUUAUGCUGCUGGUUGGUCAAUUACAAAUAAUGGUCAAUUAGCUUUAGGUAAUUCAACUAAAUUUUAUCAAUGUGCAUCAGGUGAAUUUUAUAAUUUAUAUGAUCAACCAAUUGGUCUUCAAUGUCAACCUGUUACAUUAGAUGUGGUUGAAUUAAUUGAAUGUUAAAAAUCUAUGAAGAUAUUAUUAUUAUUAAUAAUAUUAUU